AAAGUCGCCGUCAAGCGGCUGCACAGCGUCGCAGACUGCGUGGGAUAAACUUGACACGCCGCUGUCAUGAAGUUCUCUUCCGCAGCCAGACGAGAAGCUGUGUGCCUCUUCCCACUCUCGCUCGCUCUGCACCUCGCCACUUUGUCUGAGUGCGCUACCCACUGUGUGUAUUCUUCCUCUUGAGAGAACCCUAGUCGCAUUCACAGAGCAGCUGAUUUAGAGUCUCCACCGAAUUCCACCAUGUUGGCGCUCUUCGAGACGCCCGCGGGGUUCGCCCUGUUCAAGGUUUUGAAUGAGGGUAAACUCGAUGCCUCCGAGGAAUUGUACAAGGAGUUUGAGACUGCGGACCUCGCCCGUAAGAUGGUGAAGUUGAAAGCCUUUGAAAAAUUCGAGAAUACCACAGAUGCCCUGAAUGCUGCGUCACACCUUGUGGAAAGCAAGUUGCCAAAGGGUCUGCGCAAGUUCCUUAAGAAAGAAUGCCAAGGGGAGACUCUAGCUAUAGCUGACUCGAAGCUUGGAAAAGCUAUUAGUGACAAGCUGGAAAUCAACUGUGUUAACAAUGCGGCAGUGGCAGAGCUGAUGAGGGGUCUAAGAUCACAAUUGUCGGAACUAAUUUCUGGUCUUGCUGGUCAUGAUAUGGCUCCCAUGAGUCUGGGACUGUCUCACAGUUUAUCGCGAUACAAACUUAAAUUCAGCCCUGACAAGGUGGACACCAUGAUCGUGCAAGCCAUUGGACUCUUGGACGAUUUGGACAAGGAGCUAAAUACUUAUGCUAUGAGAGUGCGUGAAUGGUAUGGUUGGCAUUUUCCAGAGCUUGCUAAGAUCGUUCAAGAUAAUGUUCAAUACGCUAAGUCAGUGAAGCUGAUGGGCAGUCGCACUAACGCCGCAGACCUGGAUUUCUCUGGGAUAUUGCAAGAGGAAGUAGAGUCUGAAAUGAAAGAAGCUGCAGUCAUUUCCAUGGGUACGGAAGUUAGUGACCACGAUAUGUUGAACAUCAAGUCCUUGUGCGACCAAGUCAUUGCUCUCUCAGAGUACCGAGGCCAACUUUUUGACUACUUGAGGAGUCGUAUGAAUGCUAUUGCGCCUAAUCUUACUGUCAUGGUUGGGGAGUUAGUAGGUGCUAGGUUAAUUGCCCAUGCUGGAAGUCUCAUUAACUUGGCAAAACACCCGGCAAGCACUGUUCAAAUUUUGGGUGCUGAAAAGGCACUUUUUAGGGCAUUGAAGACCAAACAUGAAACUCCGAAAUAUGGGCUUAUUUAUCACGCCUCUUUGAUAGGACAAGCGGCACCUAAAUUCAAGGGUAAAAUUUCUCGAGUCCUUGCUGCAAAGUCGGCGCUGUCGAUCCGUAUGGAUGCUCUGGGAGAGGGCUCGGAAGCUAGCAUUGGUAUUGAAAGCCGCGCUAAGGUUGAAGCAAGGUUAAGGCAACUUGAAGGUAGAGCUCUUGGAAAAACUCCUGUCUCUGCAUCCAAGGGCAAGCCCAAUAUUCAGGCUUAUGAAAAAGAUAGGAAAUCUGGAACUCCUGGAUUGCUUUCUGCCGCCAAGGUUUACAAUCCCUCCGCUGAUGUUACUAUGGAUGAACCUACUGAUGCCACCCCCGCUAAGAAGAAAAAGAUCAAGGAGGCUGCAGAGGAGCCAGCUGCUGAACCAGCAGCCGAAGACACUUUACCGAAGAAGAAAAAGAAAUCUAAGGAAGCUGCAGCAGAGGCAGAACCUGAACCAACUACGGAUGCCACUUCACCCAAGAAGAAGAAGAAGAAAUCCAAGCAAGCCGCAGAAGAGGCAGCUGCUGAACCUACCACAGAGGCCACUCCUCCACCAAAGAAGAAGAAAUCAAAGGAUGCUGUCACACCUACCGUUGCGGUUGCCGUGGCUGUCACACCAGAGCUCACCAAGUCUGGGAAGAAGAGGAAAGCUGAGACUGAAGCUGCCGCCGGGGCUGCAGUAGAGGCCGCAGUGGAGGCAGUCACUGGAGUAGAGAAGAAGAAGAAAAAGAAAAAGAGCAAGGAAGAAUCUGCCUAAGCAAGAGGCGCCCAAGGAUAGUAGUUAGGUUACUUGUAGUGUAUACAUGGAGCGAAAUAUGUCAUUGAAGGGUCAAACGCUGACCCUACUCUCAAUUAUCGAACUUACACAUUCGGCGCCCAGCACAAUGCCUGCGCGCUCUUGCUGUGGGAUGCUCCCCGGGUGCCGAGAUUUGUAUUUCAGGUAACAUAGUGGAGAAUUCCUAUCUGAAAUAUCGUAAGUGAUUUCACUCCAGAUUAUCAGAUUCUGGGCGGUGCCAGGAGUCCACUGCAGACGGCAGUUCCGCUGACCUGUCGGAUGUACAUUUUUGGGCUGCUCAACAAUUCAACAUUUUUGGGCUUGUUCUCUGCUUUCUUAAAUCCGCAACGUGUCCGUGUUA